CAGUUACGCAGAUCGGACGGUUUGCGCCGGCCAGCUGCAAUCCUGCUCCUCAGCUCACAUCUGCCAAGCAAAACCUCCUCCGCCUCGCCCUCUCCCCUCCCCCUCCCCCUCCGGCGGAGCGAGCCGCCGAUGGCCGCUGUCCACCUCCGCCCAUUCCACCCCCUCGCGCUCCCCGCGGCAAAAAUCACCGCCAGUCCCAACCGGCUCCACCUCUCGGCGAAGGCAAGGGCGAGGAGUAGAAGCGCCCGCUUCGCCUUGCUCGUGUGCUCCGCUUCCAGCCCCGCCACGCCCGCGGCCCCUUCUCCGUCUUCGUCCUCAGGGGAUACGAGUGGCGCGGCGGAGGCCGCGGCCAGGUGGGCCGCGUGGAUCCCACGCGCCGCGGUGGGCGGGGUGGGCCCGGAGAAGGUCCUCAGGCUCAUCUCCGGCGCUGCGGCCACGCCCAUCUGCCAGUUCGUCGACUCCCCACGCACCUUCCUCCACUCCGUCGAUCCACGCGUCAAGCUGGUGUGGCUUUUGGCCCUUGUUGUCCUACCAGCCAGGUCAAAUAUCUAUAUGCGGUUUGGUUUGGUAGCAUGCCUUGCUCUUCUUUCCAUGUGGGUUCUGCCGAAUCAUGUUUGGAAGGAUCAACUUGGAAGGGUCACUCUUCUUUCAGGCAUCAUAUUCAUAAUGCUGGGAUUUGGUUCCGAUGGCGCGCCUUCGCUAGUCCAGACAAGAACUCCUCCCCCAUCUGUUCUAGGUGUGCCAAAUAUUCCUAGUUCCUUGAGUGGAUAUUCUUACACAAUCAUGAAACUAGGACCACUGCAGUUUACCAGGAAAGGCCUAUCAGUAGCAAGUACAUCGGCAUGCCUCUCCUUUGCGAUAUUCCAAAGUGCAAGUCUCUGCUUAACCACAACCACUCCUGAGCAGCUUGCUUCUGCUUUGUGGUGGUUUAUGAUUCCACUGAAGCUUAUUGGUGCACCAGUACCCGAGAUAAUACUUACACUGCUAUUAUCUUUGAGAUUCAUUAAUCUAGUAUUUGAUGAGGUUCGCAAUUCUGCACUGGCAAUCGUAACACGUCGGAUUGAUUGGAAAAAGCUGGCUACUAUGGAAACUAUAGAGAUUUUUUUCAACUAUGUCCAGCGAAUUUUCAAAAAUAUAUUUGAUCACGCGGAGCAAAUAUCAAAGGCAAUGGUUGCUCGAGGAUACCGCGGCGAUCCUAGCAAGCACAAGAUCUACUUCCUUGCGGAGUCUUCAUUUGGCAUCGUGGAUGCAUUGUCGUUGCUUUGUUUACUUGCUGUAAUGGGCCUGGCUUCCUUUUCAGAAAGAUUGGUUUGAUGGUAUCAGGAGCUGUUCUAGAUUUUCAUGUGACUACCAUACCCCGCAUGUUAUUCAAAACUGUGAUUUCCACAAUCAAUUUUGGGGCAUCAUGGGAGCAGCACAUUCGACAAGUAGAAACAAAGCAGUAGCAUGGACAGUGGCCAAGAACAAGUUUGUAAUUUCUUUGUACAGCAUGAUUCACGUGGACAAAAGAAUAACAUCCAAAAUCCGUCUACACUGACGUUGGUUUCUAAGCAGGUGCUAGGUCAAAUGACCACUAACCAUUUUAGGGGCACAACCUGCUUGUGAUCAUGGAAGGGCACAGCUGACUAGUGAAAGAGAAUGGUGUUUAUUAGCCUGUUUAUUAGUGAUGUAACAACCUCAAAUAUCAGUGUAUCAAAUUUAUAUGAGAAGAUACUUUCAUCGCAUUCAAGAACAUUGCCUUGUACUUCCAUUUAUUUUAGUUAUGAUUUGUGAAACAACUGCCAUCAA